AUGGAGCCAUCCUCCCACACAUCCCACGCGGGCCGGUCCCGUCGUGAGCACACUGGCGGCUAUCUUCCCAUUGAAGACUACGGGGUGAUCGGAAACAUGCACACUUGCGCUUUAAUUGGCAUCGACGGGAGUGUCGAUUUCAUGCCCGACUUUGACUCGCCGUCCGUCUUCUGCCGCCUCUUAGACAAGAACAAGGGCGGCUACUUCAACAUUUCGCCGCCGCCAGAGCUCGGGUGCACCACUAAACAGCAGUAUCUCCCUUCGUCGUGUCUCUUGCAGACCCGAUACAUCCACGAAGAUGGCGUUGCGGAUGUCAUUGACUUCUUCCCUCGCCCCAAGAGCACCAAAGUCAUCUCCCGCAGCAGCAGUGACCAAGGGCUAUUCCGUGAAGCCGCCAGCGUUCAGGCGGAGCUGAAGAAGUGGCUUGUCCGCCGUGUGGAAUGCGUUCGCGGGUUUCUAACUAUCGAUGUGGAAAUAUUCCCCGCGUUUGACUACGGUCAAGAGGCCCAUGUCACCACCCUCUACCAAGAUACGCAGGGCCCGGCAGCCGAAAAGAGCAAGGUAGCGACGUUUCAUAGCAAGGAUGUGAAGCUGCAGCUCGAUGUUGUUGCCGAGAGUGCCAACGAAGAAAAACGCCCGAGUAUCACCUUCAUCAAACAGCGACGAGACGGAAUGCUUGGCGAAGGUCUUGUCGCUCGUGUUGAAAUUAGGGCGGGCGAGGCUCUGUCAUUUGUACUCCGCAACGACAUUGAAAAUCAUGUUGACGAAGUCAUCACUACUGAGUUGCUGGACAUGCAGCAGCACGAUACUCUGGUAUUUUGGCAGGACUUUGUUGCACAGUCUAAGUACAAGGGCCGGUGGGUGGAAGUGGUCUCCCGCAGCCUGAUGAUUCUCAAGAUGCUUACUUAUGAACCGACUGGUGCAAUUGUUGCAGCGCCCACGUUCUCCGUGCCGGAGCAUAUUGGAGGCGAAAGAAACUGGGACUACCGCUACUGCUGGGUCCGCGACUCAAGCUUCACCAUCUAUAUCCUUCUGCGUCUCGGCUUCAAGGCUGAAGCGGACGCCUACAUGACUUUUAUUAUGGAGCGUCUUCAGAGCCGGCUCCCUGGCGAUGCCCUUCCCAUCAUGUUUACGAUUCGCGGCGAGACUGACAUUCCCGAAUUGACGCUGGAUCAUCUUGAUGGGUACCGAGGUAGCCGACCCGUUCGCAUUGGCAACGGCGCUGCAUUCCAUAAACAAUUUGACAUAUAUGGCGAGCUGAUGGAUGGUAUUUAUCUGUACAACAAAUACGGGAAGCCUGUGCCUUGGGACCUCUGGGUUGCAGUACGAGAGCUGUUGGACUAUGUCUUGACCAUCAAGGAUGAGCCGGACAAUUCCAUAUGGGAGGUACGCAACCAGCGCCAACAUUUUACAUACUCCAAGGUCAUGCUAUGGGUAGCCUUCGACCGUGGCCUUCGCUUAGCGGAGAAGCGCUGCUUUCCGUGCCCCAAUCGCGCCAAAUGGAUGGAAGCGAGAGAUAGUCUCUGCGAAGAAAUCAUGACAAAGGGCUACAAUAAGGAGCUGGGUUGCUUCGUCCAGAGCUACGAGAACAACACCAUGCUCGAUUCGUCAAUACUAAUUGCGCCACUCGUCUUCUUCAUUUCGCCGUGCGACCCGCGUUUCAUCAAGACCCUCGACAAGAUCCUGCUCCCGCCCGAGCAGGGCGGCCUCACAAGCACCGGACUUGUGUACCGCUACGAUGCUGAAUUAUCUGACGAUGGAGUCGGAGGUCGUGAGGGUGCUUUUAGCAUGUGUACGUUUUGGCUCGUCGAGGCCAUGACACGCGCCAGCGUCUACGAGCCCAAGUACCGUAGCCUUGCCCUGAACUUGUUCCAGAAUAUGCUGAGCUUCUCGAACCACUUGUCGAUGUUUUCGGAGGAGAUUGCGCGGAGCGGCGAGCAGCUCGGUAAUACGCCGCAGGCGUUUAGCCAUCUCGCUCUCAUCAGUGCCGCUUUUAAUUUGGACAGGGCUGCGGGCUUUUGGAAGUAG